CUGUCCUGACAUCACAGGACAAGGACAGAGAGGACUGGAGAGGCUGAGCCAUGAACCUCCCUCCCACCAUCUUCCUGGGCCUCAUGCUCUGCCUGGCCCGGAUGAUCCACACGCAGGAGGGGGCCCUGCCCAGACCCUCCAUCUCGGCUGAGCCAGGCACCACGAUCCCCCGGGGAAGCCGUGUGACUUUCGUGUGCCGGGGCCCGGCUGGGGUUCAAACAUUCCGCCUGGAGAGGGAGAGUAGAUUCAAGUACAAUGAUACUAAUGAUGUGUCUCAAGCUAGUUCAUCUGAGUCAGAGGCCCGAUUCCACAUUGACUCAGUAAGUGAAGACAGUGCUGGGUGUUAUCGCUGCUACUAUUUUAAGUCCUCCAGAUGGUCUGAGCACAGUGACUACCUGGAGCUGCUGGUGAAAGGAGCCCCUGAUGAAGUCAGCCCCUCACCCACAGAAGCAGAUUCCUCCACAGCCCCCAUCACCCAGAACUUCAAGGUGAAGAACAUUGUCUGCAUGAGCCUGGCUGGUGUGGUCUUGCUGAUCCUGGCAGUGAUUCUGGCAGAAGCUUGGCACAGCGAGAGGGGGAUGCCAAUAAUGACCUUGGCAAUGCAGACAAGAGGGCUCCCCUCAGAAAGGUUAGACCCCAGGAUCCAAAAGGGACAUUCCCAAUGCUCUGAGGCUCACCCUGGAGCCCAAGGAGAUCCAGAGCCCAUCUUGGACUGUGCACUUCAUGGAGCACCUCGAGGGAAGGGUGCCCCUGUUGGAUCCGGACAGAAUCUGAGAUAGACAUUAGGGAGCAGCAAUGACAUACCCCAGCUUCUCCUCGGUUUGUCAGUCUCUUGCAUCCAAGGAUUUUCUUUAAGGUCUAAUACUCAUAAUCACUACCCCACACCCUCCUCCUUUGUAAUUCUCUUUUUUCUCUCAGGUCUAAGACAGGAUUUCAUUUCUUUUUUUUUUUUUUCUGAUCUGGAUGCCUUUAUUUCUUUUUUUGUGUGCCUCAACACACUGGUAAGCACCUCCAAUACAAUGUUAAGUACAAGUGGUAAGAGUAGGCAUACUUGCCUCAUUUCUGAUUUGGGGAGGAAGGAGGAAGCAU